AUGAAAAUACAUAUGAAAAAUAUGCCGGUAGAAUUAAAUAACUUAACAGAAGGCUGGCUUGAAUUAGAAAGCGAUCCAGGUUUAUUCACAUUACUACUAGAGGACUUUGGGGUUAAAGAUGUCCAAGUGGAAGAAAUCUAUGAUUUACAUAAACCAUUGGAAAGCCCUGUUUAUGGUUUUAUUUUCCUAUUUCGAUGGAUAGAAGAACGCAGAUCUCGUAGAAAAUUUGUGGAACAGAUAGAAAGUUAUGUAAGAGAUGAAGAAACAAUAAACAACAUAUUUUUCGCUCAACAAAUGGUACCAAAUAGUUGUGCCACACAUGCUUUAUUAUCUAUCCUACUAAACUGUCCUAACUUGCAUCUGGGUGAAACGUUGUGUAGAUUGAAACAUCAUACUUUAGGAAUGAAUCCUGAAAACAAAGGUUGGGCUAUAGGAAAUACUCCUGAGCUUGCCUGUGCCCACAACUCACAUGCCAUCCCCCAGGCACGUAAGAAAACAGAUAAAACUGCAGGAGUCUCCACUGGUCGCUUCACAGGUGAAGCUUAUCACUUUGUUAGUUUUGUGCCCAUCAAUGGUCAUUUAUUUGAACUAGAUGGUCUGAAACCAUAUCCUACUGACCAUGGUCCUUGGGCAGGCGAUGAGGAUUGGACAGAUAAAUUCAGGAGGGUAAUGGCUGAACGACUUGGCAGAGAUACGGGAGAACAAGUACAUGACAUAAGAUUCAAUUUGAUGGCUGUUGUUCCUGACAGGAGGAUAGCUUUCACUCAGAGGUUGAACGCUCUUGAACUUAAUCAAAAAAGAGUUAAAGAAGCCAUUUCGAAAAUUGGAAAACAUUUAAGGCACUUACUGACAAAAAGUAGGGUCUUCAAUGAACAAGGAGAGAGUUCAGAAGAAAACAAUGAUAUUUUGCUUAAUGACUCCAUACCACAACUCAGCGAGGAAAGCAUCCUCGCUGGGUUAGAAUCUUCAGAAGUGCAAAUGUAUGACAUAGAUUUAACACUGCCAAUAACUAUAGAAAUUGGUGCUUCAGAUAGACCACAACAAGAUAGUAGCCUGAUAUUAGGUUGUAUAAAAUUUUUACAAUAUUUUGUAAGAUAA